UUUUCAUUGAGCAAGAUGGCUUUUGGGUUCCAGAAGGAACAAGAGACCAGGAAAUUAGUUUCAAAAGUAUUCUUGGCAUUGCAGAUGGUACAUGGCAAGUACAGUUUUCAAGAUGGCAGCAAAGCUAGCUGUAAUAGGUGGUCAAUAAUUGCUCUGGCUCGCACACAACAAGGCCUUGGGCUGUUCUAUUAUUGCUUCGGAAGCCAAGAAGGAAACAUCAACCAAGACAACUGUCAAAUUCUGAUUCAAAAAGCAACAAUGAACCGUCUUUUGGUUUUUCUGAUGCUCGGCGCAGCCUUCAUGCUUGUCAUUUCAGCUGCAAGCAUUGAACAAGAACAAGAUUCCCAUGAUGAACCGUCAUUUAGAGACAUCAUACAGGGCUACCAAGAUGGGAGCAUGGCAAAAAGGAGAAGCUGUUGUCCUUGCUGGUGGUGUGGAUGUCCCUGGGGUCAAUGCUGCUAUAGUGAAGGCUGCUGAUAAGCCCGCGAUAGAAACAGUCCCUGCAUCUUUUAACCUAUAAAAAGUAAAGCCAUUUUAACGGACAUGGAUACUGAAUGAUUUUGUUCUUAAAUAAGCUAGGACAACUAUCAUAAUUCGUAGAUAAGAAAAAGGGUUUAAUAAAUUAAAGUUAUAAAGA